AUGGAGAGAGAGAACUCAAUCUUGGGUCGGUUAGCGACCAAGUUAUCGCCCCGAAGAGGAGGGGGGGGAUACCAUAUGAUGGGGACGGGGAUAUCGUCAUCUCUCUUUUUGAUCUCACCUACGGUGGUCAUAAAGGAAAUCUCGUAUUCUCUUUAGGAGUUAAGCUUAAGUAAGGCCUAAGCCACGAGUCCAGAUUAGCCUUCCAUUAGGAAUUAAUUCAGGAGCCCAUGAGCUCCUGGUCUAAUUCUAAUUUCCCGAUACAGGACUAUUUUACAAGGGGGUUCUCCUCCUGGACAUAGCUGAAAUAUUUGCUCAUAAUUAAAUUAAUGUUUGUUUCUUAAUCUACUCAUUUAUUUCUCUUAGAUGACAAGUUCCGUUGCAAACUGGACCUUGGUUUGUUGGUAGACAUGACUGAAGCUAUUUCAUCACCUGUGAAGGUACAAUAGAUGUUGUUCUACCUUUCCGACUUGCUGUUUUCAAAUCAUGAUCACGUAGCAUAUUUUUUAGCGAACUGUACCUCAAUAGGUGAAUUUAAAUUUUUUUUCCUCAUUGGCCGUAUAUCCGUUUCAUUCCCUACUGAAGCUAUUAAAAUAGACUCUCUGAAUAUCAAAAGAGAGUAACAAUUUCAGUUAUGUCAAAAUUUGAGCCCGGAAUACCGAGUAGUUUCGGAGAAAUUAUCUUUAAAGAAAAUCGAAACUUUAUAAAGAAUGUAUGGCUCAUUCGCGUUUUUGCCAACAAGCAAUUUCGCGAAAAAAUUGCUCAAAUUAACCAACUCUUUCAACUUUGGAGUUUAAUUUGUGUUUAUUAUUCAUUCAAAAUAUUUCCCCAAUUCUGAUUGGCUAAAAGCACACGCAUAAUUCACCAUAACCAGUUACUGAUGACCAAAUUUGGAAGAAUUUUGUAUUUAACGUUGAAAUGACGUCGAAAAUGCAGCCCGCUACAGGUCAAGGCACCGUUACCGAGAAGACCUGGGGACGAGGUUGAAAAUAAAAAUGGCGGGCACUUCACUCGUUUCAAGAGUAAGAACUACACCUGGAUCUAGGUGAAAUAAUAGCUAAAAACAUAGCAAAAACUGCAAGAAGACAACUCGGAGAGCGACAUCUGCUAUUUGGAGAAUAUUUGCGGAGCUGGACAAACCUAAAGGUACACUAUCGAAGAUGAACUUAACAUCGAUGCAGGUAAGCAUGUUUUUGCUAUGUUUUUAAACAAGGAAUUACUUUGAAUGAAUAAUAAAGCAAUUAAUGAAUUCGGUUCUCGUAGGAUAUGAAUAAUUAAGCAGAUCGAGGAGGGUGUUAUCCAACGAGGCCUUCGGCCUUCGUAUGCUAAUGAGCAAAAUUGUAAACAAUGACGUCAGCAAAGAUGCGACCAUAGUGACGUGCCUACUCAGCGAUCGUUACGAUCGUAUCUGGGAAAUCCGUGAUAUGGAAAGUGCCGGCUUCCUCAAAAAGAAGAAGUUCACGAUUCUUUUUCAUUAAGAUGAACAUAUUCUAUCGCUAAGGAAAAUGUUGAACAUUUAUGGGAUCUAAUGGAACAAACCAUCAAAUAGUAGUGUUUAAAUUUCCCAGCGCACAGAAUACCUUUUCGUCGUUGUUUUUUAGAUCAAAUACUUAUAUUUUUUCCGGCAGACGUAGGAAAAAACGGGAAUUUAUCUUCAGCUCCCCUUUGAGUUUCAAAUUCCACGUUUUUAAAAAACUUUUCACGCGUUAUGGUGCAAUCCGUAAGUUAUGAUUUAAUAAGUACAUUAUUCGACUGCAUGUAAAAUGUUCUGUCCUUUAGAAUGUUUUUUUUUAAGGUAAAUAUUUUUGCAUUUUAGGGAAAAGGUACACAGUUGGUAGUAACCGCAUCGGGUCAAAAGUCGAAACAUCAGAGGGGAUUAAGAGGUGUCGUUAAUGACCACGCCUACCAUGUGUCAAAUUAUACAGAACUAAAUGACUUGUUUGAUGACUUAACGAAAGUCAUCUGCCAGCGUAAGUGAUAAUAAAUUAUUUGUCAAUUUAACCGAGGGCGGGCUAAAGUACCAUACUAAGAAAAAUGGCUAUACGUAGAAGUGUCCUUUUCACAACUAUUCUCUUUACUAUUAAUUUGUCCUCUAAUAACUUAGUCCCCAUUAUUCUCCCCUUCAGUCUCUAAUGUUAUCAUGGUUUGUUUCCUGAGGUCUGCUACUGCAAUGGUAUAACAAUACGUGAGAAAAGGGAACUACAGUCAAUCCCCUUUAAUACGGACAUGACUGAGGGGGCCUUAAAAAAUGUCCGUAUUAACUGGGUGUCUGUAAGGGCCUUCUUUCACCAGGGACAAAGCAAACGGUCCUAAAUAAUGAGGUGUCCGUAUUAGUAAAGCGGGGUUUGACUGUAUUUCAUUGGGCUAAGUGUCCACAUUUGGGAGGUGUCCCUGCAGUGGGACCUAGAGAACAGUCCGUAAUGGAAACGUGCCCUUAAUAUAUUAUUUAGAGAAAAAGGCGAAAUAUGAACCAGCUACAAGAAAGCUAACAGAGGUAUUGCCGGUAAAUAUUUCUCGAGAAAAUUAAACUUAGAAUUUAAAAAACUUGCUUGAAAUAGAUUAAAUUGAAAUCGGUAGACAUGAUAAAAUCUCAAAACGACUGUGAAGUCAGAAACGUUACUCUGUACUUAAGGUGGAUUUAGGGGUGGGCCCAGGGGGCCCCCGCCGGCGCCCCCCCCCCUUUGUCCGGAAAUUUCCUCUUUGUAAACGUGUGUUGGAUGGUACUUCGAGCUUUGUUACUUAAAUAUAUUUUCUUUAAUUAACAUUGUUAAUAAGAAAAGAAUCUGUGUUCGAAGCCUACAUUUUUAGCUGCAAAUGACCAAAGCUCCCAGAAUGCAUGCAGUAAAUAUCCGUCUCAAACAAACUGGAUUUGACAAUUUUUCAGAGAGAUUAUGUCGCUGCCUUUGCCGGAAGGAUGUGCUCUCGCCGCAAUCGCUUUGGCUUCUGCUAGCAUCGUAAAGUCUUGUACUUCUUUUAUCACAACCACGCCUGUGGUUUAUUAAAUAUUUCAGCAUUAACAUGUUCAAUAUGGAAUCCAGGCAUUUGCUAAAUUUAAGCCUCCAGAAUACACUAGAUUGCAUCAAGAGAGAACCAAGAGAGAAAGAUUGUUCUCUCUUGAUUGCAUCAAAGAAAACUUCAAUCUCAAAACAUUUUCCCGGAGGAGCUUUCGCCCGAAACUCCCUAGAAGUGUGCGCCGUUCGCAGUCCUGACGGGUGCUAUCACGUCUAUAUUGCCAAUGUAUUCUAUAUCUCUAGGCUCCCUCUAUCACAAAAUCCUUCGUUCGCCCCUGUGUACGGUCGUCCAGGUUUAAUAGGAUCAUGAUUCUUAGUGACACACUUUUGAUCACGAUCUUUUUUCACAGCUGUUGAUGGCGGCUUCUCCAAAUGGACCCCGUUCUCCUCCUGCAGUGUGACUUGUGGUGGCAGUGGCGUCAAAGUACGAACAAGAACCUGUACUAAUCCCCCUCGCCAGUGGAAGGGAAAGGACUGUGUUGGAGCACGACAGGAGUCCAUGGCUUGCAAUGAAGGACCAUGCAAGUGAUACAUCAAUCCAUGAUCGCUAAACAAAGGUGGGAAAACAAUCAUAUGGAAAGCAGCGUGUAGUCAGCGCGCCAGACUCGUGGAAAUCCGGUGAAGGGGAUAUUCGUGAAAAAUUCGGGUGGGGACGCGAGGUGUGCUUCCUGGAAUCGUCAACUUACUUGACAAAAAUAAAAAAUGAAAAAUGUGACUUCCCCCACCCUACUAUUUCAGACCAAAAAAUAUCCUAAAUUCCAGCCCCUGCUUCCAAAAAGGACAAAUACUUAUCCUAUUUCACACCCAAGAAGAUAAGAUCCAUAUCCAAUUUGGAACCGAAAGAGGACCACCCAUCAUACCUAUCGGGCCGCAUAAUUGUUAUAUAACUUAAUUUUACAGCUUAUUUAAUUAUUAUUAUAAAAUUUCAAGUUAUCUAGACUUAAUUAGAAAUUCAACCAAUAGGAAAGACUUAGUGAACAUUCGUAUAAGGAAACACAAACUCAUGAUAGAAACUGGAAGAUAUAAUCAAAAUUCCCGCAACUAUAGAUUCUGCCCUAUUUGUAACUCUGGUAUAAUUGAAGACGAAUUUCAUUUUCUCUUCCAUUGUCCAAAAUAUUCAAUCCCAAGGGAGAAAUUCUACAAUCAAAUCCAACAAAAUUUUUACGACUUUAAUCAGCUAUCUUACACAGAAUUAAUAAUUAAAUUUAUGAAUUCACAGAAUUUUUCCGUAAAUUCACAUUUGUUGAGAUUGGUCUCAUUAUAUAAUGAUUUUACGCGCUAAUUUGUUAUCAAAUCAUGCUGAUAACACUUGAUUGACUGUAGUAAUCAUUGCAUUGCAUUAUCAUUGUUAUAAAUUGUAACUUUAUGUUAAAGCUUUUGCAAUAUACUGUAACUACAUAAUUAUAGUCAUGCAAAUAAAGCUUAUGUUGUUGUUGUUGUUACAAGAAGAAGCCCUUACGUAGCAGUAGGAGUUGCUCCUCGCCACCGAUCCGAGUUGUACACCUCGGCCAGGCUUUAUCACCUUCUCCAAGUGGGGAUAUUUAACCUUGUUGUGCUAAGUUUAAAAUAAGAGAUAUAAAUAGAGACCGACAUAAUCUUUGUUAUCAUCAAUUUUUCUAACGGCUAUAUAUUUAAUGAAUUUGAUGAUAACGAUUUACGAUAAUGAUAUUGAUCAUGGCAUGAGUGAUUAUAUUAAUCUCGGUUCGUUAGUUCUUAGAAAAUUAUACAGCGGUUGAAUGACUAAGUAGUUUGACUGAAUAAUACAGCUGAGCGUAAUCUAAUGUUGUUGUUUUUUUUCUUGCAGAACAUGAUCUUGCCUGUACAGAUCAGCGAAGCUCUAUGAUAACUGUAGUUAGGUCCUACAUAUAAGAAGUCGCAAAGACAUUUAUACUAUAGGUUUUAUCAAGGGUUUUAUGACGUCAUUAAUUGGUACACUGCUUGUUAAAAAUGAAAAUAAAAUUCUAGUUCGACUAAUUUUGUCGCUCAGUAGAUAAAGAGAGUACGUGAGUAAUUCAAAGAGUCUUGCAACUGAACAUCUUGAUUCAUGUACCUAAACGAAGUAAACGGCUGCGGUAUGGUUAGCUCAGUGAAGAGAUGGCUAGCCUGCAUAGCGGGUGGUCACGGGCUUAAUCCCUGGUAUCGAGCCAAAGCUCAAGCCAGGAGUUACCCUAGUCUUACAAGAGGGCGCGGUCAACAGUGUUCCACUAGCAGAUCUAAGAUUGUAUAAACACCUCGUUCUUUAAGGGAGACCAGCUCCCCAAUGUACACGAGAACGAUGCCAUGAAUUGCCUUGAAUGUGAAAAACAGAACUUUAGAAUGCACUCGACACUGACCAAUAGACUCUCUUUCUUUUUUUUCCAAUCGUACCAAUGGUACCUAUCCAUAAAUCGUUCUUGCACGGCCUUCAGUUGUUAAAUGGAAUAUUAUCAUAAAUGAAGUUUGAGAUUGUCAGGAGGAUUUCAAAUAAUGUUUUUUUUUUAAGGUUAAUUUUUGUUACAAAAACCAGUCAGUCUAGAGAUUAUUGGGUAAAAAAACAUACUCUUUCACUCUUUCUGUUUAUUUAAGCAAUCCGCUUUCGACGUAUUACUAUUAUUAUGAGAUCAAUGUUACUAUAACUACAAUCAUGGAUAAAAGUCCUUGGAACAGUAAUGCAAUAGUCAUAUUUUUUCUGUCACUUCUCGGUUCCCUCAUAAAACAGGGCAUCCUUUUCGAAAUAUUCUUGCAGUUUUCCCUCCCUCCACCCUAUAUAAAGUUGAAACUCGGAAAAAAUUCUGGAUACACGCGUCAAACAUUGUUUGUGGGGCGAGGGGAGGGGUUGGACCUGUGUGAAUUGAGAUAGUUGCCAAAGUCGAGUCUGUUAUAAGACCACUUGACACAGAACAAACCUCUUCAGUCAGGAGAACUGCAAAUAAUCUUCUCCAAAAGGCACAGCCACCUAAGCCUAACAUCACUAAAGGCAUGAAACAAACCCUCAAAGGCUUGAAGGAGGAUGACGCUCAUGGUUCUCCCGGCUGACAAAGGUCACGCCAGCGUAGUUUUAUAAGAUACCAAGACCUAUCGCCAGAGGAUGAAAACUCUUAUCAAGAGCGGUCCAUAUCGACUUCUUAACAAAGACCCCACUGACCCCUCUGGUCAAUAAGACCGGGCAUUAUCCGCUCUGGGACAAAGUUAAGUUUAUUGACCGAGACCCUCACUGCAUGGUACUCUCGUAUAUGGAGUCUAUCCACAUGAGACUUCACCCUAACAACAUCAACAGGAACGUACAGUGGAAUUCAGAUUCCUGAAGCUUGGAUGUCUACAAUCAGACAACAUGACAACUGACCUCUACCACGCUGAAACGCCAAGGGAUCAGCCUCUUCCUCUCACAAUGCCAACAAUGCUUUGGAUCGAAACCCACCAACCAUGAGCGAGGUUUGUGAUACACCAAUCACUAACAACCACGGUGGUACCAAUAGUUCGACUCAGUAAAUCGACACUAUAUCCUGAUGAAGACCAGCAGUGUGCGGUCGAAAUGUCGCGAUCAACAUCAAAGUGACAAUCGUGAGACAAACGAUAAAACUAAACCCUUUAGGACAGUCAUAAUUUUGCUGUCAUUUUUUGUUGCGGCCACGGAAGAGUCUUUUGGCGCAAGAAUAGUCUGUUGCAAGCGUUCAGAUAGUAAAGAGCUUUAGAUUCUAAGGCGAGGACCUACGAGUACGAGAUUUUCUCAAUACUAAGUAGUGCUCAGCGUCAUUUUGGCGGGAAAACGUGAUAGUCGUCGUCAUUCUAGUACGAGUUUUAGCAAGAAUUUUGUAGUGGCGAAAACAAGUUACGUUAUGAAAUGUUAGAAGUUUUGUUAUUUUGCGAUCGAUACGUGGUUUAACCUGCUUCAAAAAGAUAACAGUGUUAACUUUUCUAGUAAAAAAAAAGUACGACGAAGCUUUUCGGGAUGUCUUUUUUUAAGAAUACGCCAAAAAAACUUCAAGUGAAAUGUCGUUCUCGUUGUCGUUCUCGUCCUCGAAUCUAAAGGUCUCUAGUAAGAGAGUUCAGAAAGUAAAGAUGGUAUUGAACUCCUCUGUGAAAAGAAAUGUUAGCACGAAAAACAUCGAGGAGGUGGGGGAUAGAGAGGGGGGAGGGAAGGAUAUUUGCAUGGCAGCGGGGCAGGUGCAAAAAGGGGAGGGGGGCUGAGGGGGAGGGGGAGAAGGAGAAAAGUGCGAUAGCCCCCUCACCUUUUCCCUUCCUCCUAAUCCCCUUGCCCUUUUGACGCCUGAUACGCAGGUUAAGCGAGCAUAAGAAUUUUAUGGGCUAGUGAACACUUUCGUGACAUAAGCAUAAGCAUGAUAAGCAUACCUUAUUACAUGAAAUUUUCGCGAGUUGUUUAUUUCGCGAUUUUCAUGUGCGCAUAUUUCGCGACACUUAGGGCCUGUUUACAUGGAGGUGGGGGACCCCAGGUAGGUGAGGUAACCCGCUCAGGUGGGGUAAAAAAAUAUCCUCCUUUACAUGCAAUCUUAUAACCCCGCCAUUCCGGGGUACGCUUUUUCAAGAUUGUUGAAUGGUCGCUAAGCACGUAGACAAGAAAAAUGAUGGAAAACCACGUGUUUUGGCGAUUAAUGCUCUUCUACACUCACUUGCUGCUCUUGCUGCAACCUUCAGUGCUCUGGCUUUCCAUUGUUACCUUAUAAUAAUCAUGCAAAGCAACCGCCAAAGUGAAUUUUGGGCGAAUUUGGUGUAUCACGAAUCCGACCCCGGCUAGACGAGUUACUCCACCUUGAAACGUUUACGUGGCAAAAUUCGACCCCGGUUGAGAGGGUUGCCCGGUCUGGCAGACCGGGCUACCCGCCUUGGCGGUCACCGCACCCAUCAUUAUCUCUGUCAGGUCACCAACAUCCGACACCGGAUAACUCUAACUCAACUCCGUCUAAGUAAUCACAAAUUGGCGAUAGAGACAGGUCGGUAUGUAAGACCUUAUAAGAAACCGGAAGAGAGGAUCUGUCCUAUCUGUAAAAAAAGACGUAGAAGAUGAAAUACAUUUUUUAACUCUGUGCCCUGCGUAUCAAGAAAAAAAAGAAGUACUUUAUUUGAAUACUUACGCAAAGAAUACAAAAUAUCAGUAAACAGAAUGGCACCAGGUGACGUUUUUCUGUUGUUAAUAAACCCUCUGAGCAAGAAUAAACCAGUGGAAAAGGUUAAUUGCAAAAUACGUAUUCGACUGCUAUGAGAAAAGAAGAUCAUUAGUUGUUUAGGUUAACAUUGAUUAUAGUUCCACUAGUGUGCAAUUUGGGUUAUGAUUUGGAUAAAGUCCUUGUACAUAGGACUUUAUAAGACUCAAAAUAAAGCAUUGUCUUGUCUUGUCUUGUCUCGUAAACGAGAUCAAAUUAAAAUGAGAGAUUAUACGGACAGGUGGGUUAUCCCACCUAAGCGGGAUACCUCAGCUACCUGGGGUCCCCCACCUCCAUGUAAACAGGCUCUUAAAUUUCGCGAUUUUGCGAAAAUUUUAUAUUUUGAAUCACUUUAAAUUCACGUUUUUGAGUACAACAAUUUAUAUUUCAUGGGCAAUGUUGUUCAACAUGUCUUUGAAUUAAAUUAAACGACUUUAUUAAAGGGACAAUAACGUCAAAAUUGAGAAAAACGCAACGGCGGGACCAGUAACAACAAAGCAGUUCUCACAAAGUCCAUAAGAAGUUCAUGCUUGUACGUGAAUUAUUGUUCUUGAGUCAAUUGACGACAACAUCCAUUUACACUGAAAAAUCCCCCGAAAGGAAAAAAAAUAUGAUUUGUAAACAUUUCAGAGGUAAUAAACUCGUUCUUUCUUUAUUACGGACAUAAUGUGAGUCACUUAAUUUUUGCGUCAUGUUAUGUUCGCGACACUCUGAUUGUUCGCGUCACAUUAAUUUCGCGAUUUUUUAAAGUUGCAUCGUGAAAUUCGCGAAAAUUAACGUGUGGCGAAAAUUUCAUGGAAUAAGGUAAUGAAGAAAAACUCAAACGUCUCGUUUUAAAGGCCGUCCUUUCUUAGCGCAUAAGCUCCUUAUGCGUCAUUUUCGGGCUUAUAUCGGACGAAAAAAGGAAAAAAACUUGGCUUUUUUGCCGUUUUGAAUGACUGCAAAUUUCACUAGGUUAGUUUUCAGAAAUCCGUCUAGAGUUAUACUAUAAAAUUAGCUACCCCAUGUCUGACGUAAGACUGAAUACGUUUGGGGAGUGGGGGAUGUGUGAUAGGGGUUCCAAUGCAAAAUUCCAGCAAAACAUCACCAUUCCUCGCUUCCCCGUUUUCGAAAGUACCCUUACAGGCCAGGCUUCCUCGACCUUCCUCGUCAUUUGUCAGUUUUUUCAAAGAUAAUGAGAAUGUGGGUAUUAAGACUAUGGAGUCUCUUACCUCCAUAACUCGACGUUGCUGUAGCGGCCAUAUAUAACGUCACUUCUAAUUCAGUGGAAAAAUUAGAAGUAACGUUAUUCGAUGUUUAAGCUAAGGUUGUUUUAAAGAGAGUUGAGAUUUGUAUUCAUUAGGGUGCUUGGUGCUUAUACAAAUGUACUAAUACAAUGCUUCGCUGGAGUCAAGUCUGAUUACACGUUCUGAGUGAUGGUUAAGCUCCUGUGUAAAUGAAUUCAAAGUUCAACUCUUUUUACAACUUUCAGGCGCACCCAACGACGGUUUGCUCCCAAAUGCAUUGAAAACACUUUUUAGGCAAGCGUAGACCUCUAGAAAUGCAUUCUAAGCGGCGCUAUAAAUCUGUAUCCGUUCGGUCAUCCUAGCCGGGAACUUUAUAAUCUUAUCGAAAUUACAAGGGCUUCAGUAUUAUUUUCCCGAAAAUUUUAGAUGCAAUUUAAAGCAUUACGAAAGUGAUAUAUUUUUUUAAUUCCUCUCAGCAUCACUUUCUUUAAUCCCAGAAUUUUAGGUUUUCUUUUUCCAACGAUAAAUAGCCUAACCUGGGGUGGGAAAUGUCAUACUGUAUUAAACUUCAGAAAAGCGUAGGGAAUUUAGAAGAUAAGCUUCUAAAAUUGUACAUGAGUAGACCUUUUCCGCUAACUCAAUGUUGUACCCAAUUCAAAUCUCCCGGGGAUAAGAUUCUUUGUGUAUUGUAUUUGCAUUAUAAUGUGGCAUUCACAUUUAAAUGAUAUGGAAAUUCCUGAAACAAAACGGUUUAUUCCCACAGGUUCAUUGGGUACAACAUUGAGUUAGCCGAAUAGGCCUAUGGAACGCUCAUCUAGAAACUUUUAGACGUCCUCAAAUAACAAAAAAUUCUGGGCGAUAUUUGCUUCUCUGAUACAGAUAUUUUACGGAAAACAGUCGGGUGCCCCUAAACUUUGACACUUCACGUUUUUUUUAUUCUUAAUAAUGGUGUUACAUGCAUUGAAACGUCGAAUAACGUUUCUUUUAAUUUUUGUUGUUGUUGUUGUUAGACCAUAUAAAUUCCUAAAACGCGAACGUAGAACUUUGUGACCGCUUAAACAUGUUUGAAGCCCGCAUGAGUAAAUUUCACUGUGAAUUUCUUAUAAGCACAUAUUUGAUGUUAAUAUAUACGUCAUUUCUUGUCUCGCAUGGAAAGUGAUUCAAUAGCCCUUUCCUCUAAAUUGGCAAAACAUUCACGUACUUACCGUUUCUAUAAAGAAAAAGGACUAUCAUAGAGCUCGCUGUUAAUGUUUCAACAAAGAAGCAAACUUUUACGGACAGAUAGAAUACAUUAAAUUAAACGAUGGCAAGUUAGGCCAAAACGACCAAAAUAAUCUUUAUUAAUGAUACACCUCCAGCACAAUUAUUCCUUAUCAGUUUAUUCGUGGGGAAUGUGCCCCGCGACCUUGAUGUCAAGAGCUGAACGUGAUUUUAAGAACAUUUAAGCAAGGGAUUUGUGGCCGUUUCGCGCUGAUACAGGAAUUAUCGUAGAUGUGUUGGGUAACUCGGCCCCCGAUUUGUGUGCCAUUGGCACGUAUCGUUGUGUUAUAAAUUAAGACAGCUCGUAACAAGAAGUAAAAGAUUUUUAUUAACCGAAGUCUUACCGCUGUAUAACUUGCUAACUUUUGAGGCAAUCGUCAACCAAAGUAAGUUUUCGAAUUUUUUAUUAUGUUUUUUGUUAUUUUAUAGUUUCUAUUAUUACCGAAUGACAGGAUGGGGAAGAUUUUAGAAGAAGUCAAUACUACUUAAAAAUAAUGAUUAUCACUCUGUUACCGCAUGCGAAAUAUGGGUUUGCUUCAGUUCUUUUCCCUUUCAUAGUAUUAAAAGUGAGAUUCCCUAAGAACUUCACUUGCGCUAGCAGUGUACUCUCUCAGACAGUCAGGUGCUGAAAGGGAAGAGAGGAGAGCCCCUCUCUUGGUAGCACAAUUUAAUUCUAAAAUUACAUUUCAAACUCCUUCUCAAAAUUAAAUAACGAAAUUAAAUAACUUUAAAGAGUCAACCCGAUCGAUCUUUUCAAGAUCUUCAGGAUCUUAUCAUUCCCAUUCCCGGACGACUCCCAUAUAAAAGUGAAAAGGAUGCUCGUCGGAAAAUUAGGAACAAUAUAAGAUACCUCCAUGAGUGGUUGCCCUCUCUUACCUUGACGUGCACGCAAUUUACUGCUCAGGCAUGUUAAGGCAAGGGUCACCUCAUAAUUUGCAUAAUUUGGCGAAGUGGCAUUUGAAAUGGAUUGUUUUGAUCAGUCGUCAUGAAACUUGGCAAACAGUUUCAGCUCGAUGGCCUUAACAAUAUGUGACAUAUUCAUUGUUGAAAUAUUAGUCACGAGACCUACAGAUGAUCGUUAACAGUCAAAAUGUUCAAAUUAAAACGGGGGAAAGGAAAUGAAGGAGUAGCAAAUAUUCUUAGGCACCAGUAUUUUUCCCAUGUCCUGGAUGUUAUGAUUUAGCCCUGCAUGUAUGCCUAAGUGGAGCAAGGAUUACGAAAUGAAAAACAGGUCACGUGAAUUAUAAAAGACUUUAAUAACUCUUAUUUAAGGCCAAUAGAGUGUUUUCACUCACGUGGCCAGCAUCUAUGCUAAUUUAUUGGAACAAAAGAAAGCGUUUGCAUAAGAAAAAAGUUCAACUCCCAGAGGACUGGUUUGGGACACCAACAUGGCCGCCGUUUUAUUGUUUUGGGACACCAAUAUGGCCGCCGUGACGUCAUGUGAAAACACUCUAUUGCCGAUUGUAGACAGUUUGGCCUUUAUGCCUCGUGUUAAACCCUCUAGCUACAAUCUUAGGAAAGAAACUUGUUUUAAACCUAAGAUUAACACUAUGCGGUUCAAAAACUCUUUUAUUAAUCGUUUAGUUUUUAAAUAUGAAUUAGCUAUGUAAUAUACUAGAUGUAUAUAUACGGGUAUAUAUUUUUUAAUUCUUACUUCUUAACUGUUUAAAUUUCUUACACUUACUUGUAACAAAAGAUAUGUAUUUUUAUCUCUUGAUGAAUAAAGACUUUAUUAUUAUUAUUAUUAAUUUGAUGACAAGUAUUUUUAGGCUGAGGUUUAACAACCUUGCCCCGUUUGAGAAAACAGGUUUUGUGACGUCAUGAUCCAAGGAAUGUCACGUGAUGCUUGGAAUGAAUUCUCCAAAACUAUUUUAGUGAGAUAUAUCUUAUCGCAUCUUUGUGGAACCCUUUAUUUGGAUUCUUCUACGUCAUAAAAAAAGAUCUUUGCAUUCUCUGUGGGGGGUCUUUUUAGCCUUUCAACCCAUGCCUUACUUGCCUGAGUGAAUGAUCUGAAAAUGAUGAGCCUUUCAGUGACAUCUAAUAGCCUCAGAAAACAGCCGAAAUGUUUUACUUGAUUUUACAUUCUUUAUCUCAAAAUCGAUGAAUGUAGUUAAUUUGCAAUUAAUCAUUAACCCAGAAAUGGUAAUCGUUUUACUAUCCGAUAUGGUUCCCUUAGAUUGGCUUACUGUCUUUUAGAAUCACGAAAACUGGUUUUUAGAAGUGCCUUCUUUUAGAGCUGCUCUAUAAGACAAAACACCCAGUCUAUGGAAAGGCUUUUUUUCCUUUGAAUGACGGUCCGCAAGUGUUACAAGAAUUUUUUUUUACUCCUUGAGUUCCUCUAAGAGUUUAAUCGAUUCGAUUUUGGGGCUAGCUCAAAUUGAUUUGACAUUUUUUUAGUAGACAAAUGAUUAAUCAUAUUCAGUUCGUGUCCUCCUUCACACAAAGAGAGAGUCCAAAGAUAGCUUAUUUGUCCAGUGAUAGUCAUUAUUUAACUCGCUAAAAUUUAAAAGCUAAUACAGCAUCACUAGCAAACACGUUUUAGAAUAUUUUCAGCCUCAAUAUUGAGGUUAGAUAUUGUGGUGACCCUGUUACGUCUGUGGUUUUUCCUUUUCGUUUAUAUAAAUACUGUAUUGUGUACCAUGGUGUUUCUAAUCAAAGUAACUCCACAUUUUUAAUUUUCAGUAGACAAAUCUUUUAUCAUGUUCAGUACGUGACUACCAAAACAGGCAUUCACAGAACAGGCGUUCCACUUACGUGACAACUUAUCCAAUAUAACGCGAGACAUUUUUACUUAUAAGCAGCUGUUAGGAUGUUUUCAGUCUCAGAUCGACAUCAGACUCUAUUUAUUCAGUGGUUUUUCUCUUUCCUCUAUUGUGUAGUACACUGUUUCCGUGUAGAAUGAGUGAAAGAGGCUCUGUACAUUGCUUCCUUAAAGGACUUUUUAGUAUUAAUACAGAUUAAUUAAAUUUAAGUAAGAUUGAUUCAUUAGAUUUAGCAUUGAGGCGUCGAACGUGCAUUUUAAACUUCGUAUUUAUUCACCUAAGUAAACAAAGCAUACGUUCCUAAAGCGUAAAUUUAAGAAAUAAUUAUACUUUUUAAUACUCUUGCCCGUGUAUUAUUGAUUUUCAUUUGUUACAGCUUCACGCGAGGAACAAAUUCCAGGCUAGUAAAAAAUUUUCUUUCUGAUGUCGUUUCGUAAAAAAAUGGUAUUGCAAUAACAAAAUGCUACUUUCAGUAUACCGACCUACAUUAUAACCACCUGAAUUGUACUUUGUUCUUUAAGAUCUCAGACAACAUGGAUUUUUCAGUGAGGUGCAUAGUAAUUGCGCUUGGAAUUUUGACGGUUUCUGUGGAGGGAUUUUAUGGAGGUAAGUUACUAGCCCUAACACACCUAAAGAUUCAUUGAUAAACUAAUCUCGAACGAUUCCUGAAACUCUCGGAUAACCUCGAUCGAACCUCACAAUAGCUCAAACUCUGGCUGAGUCUCCUAUUUAAUUUAUACUUUGAAACUCUCCCUCCCAAUAAUUCGAACCAAUUCAAGUCCAUUUUCCUGGGUGCUCGAGUAAAACUGCUGAACUUCAUUUUGCUUUUUCCAUUCCUACCAGCUUCCGACGAUUUUAGGAUUGUUGAGCCAUUUCCUGCUAACAUCUAUCCUGUUGAGUUCACUUCUGCCCAGGUUACCUGUGUAGCCUUUGAUUCAGCUGGAAUAAAAACUCCUGAAAGGAUACAGUUCAUGAGGAAGGACAACUUUGCGCGUUAUACAAAUAUAACUGCUAAUGACAACAUAUAUUUCACACACCGAACCGAGGAAGUGGACAAGGGUAAGCCGAAGUCUUAUAAAAAUAAAACCUAAAAGUGUUUCUUUAUAGUAUUGGAGCUAAAGAUCCUAUUUUAUAUUUGAUAUUACGCUGCUAUUACACGAUGAGAAAGCGCGCUUUACAUCAGUGAUCUGAAUUAGCCUUCGUUCUAACGUCACCGUCUUCUGCGAACCAAAGAGCGGCACGUUGUCUGAGCAAUCAUUAGGUUUUACCCAGCAUUCCUUGCCCAUGAGGGCAACACAUAUCAUUGGCUAUUUCCGCGUUCCAUAAACUCUCACGUCCAAAACGAGGCUAAGAAACAAACCUUGUGAAAAAAAAUAAAAUGAGUUUUAUUUGCAUGAGAAUGAAAAAUCAUUUUCAUAUCAAUGGCUUUGCACUUCGUCUCGCUUAACAGAGGCUUCGAGCAACUCAGAAAUGGCGUAUUGCUAUUACACUGUUAGAAAUCUGUCAAGUUUCUUGUAUACCUUAUUCUGAAAAAGGACAAUGACAAACAUGCAAGGAAGCUAUCUAUUGGACGGUGUGAAAUUAAUUAUGUAACCUGCUAACUUUCCUAACAUUUCUACAGUGUCUUCUACAGAUGGAAAGAAGUUAAAGAAGCUCUUUGUCACGAUGCACAUACGGAAUGUAACGCUAGAACACGAUAGUACGUUUGGUCCAUUGGGAAGGUUCGAAUGUCACGCUUUUGCGGUUGGAUCAGCCUUGGAGCGCAGGCAUGGUUUCAGUGUGAACGUCAUAGGAAGUAAGUUUAACUGGCUUAAAUCUGUAAAAAUUCGAGUAACGCAAAACCUCGCGAAACAAAAAAGAAAUAAGGGGAAAAAAAGCCAAGAAAAAUCAAAUAUGAAAAAAAAACUGCUCAGCUGUGAAUCAGUGUCGAACACUGCACCAAUUCAGCAGACACACAAAAUGAAAGGAAAAAUAUUUUAAAAGGAAAAGCAUUUUCCGUAGACAUGCUGCCGGUAAACACCGUUUUAAAGCUAGUCGAGCCGUUCUAGAUAUAAAUUCAUAGAUAUAUUUGAGGAAAAUAAGCAGGUUUUUCACCUUUGGGGCAUUUCUCAUUGUAUUUUACUUACUUACUUACUUACUUAUGUUUCAUUUUAGGAAGCGAAAUUCCUGUUGUAUCUGUGACUAAAGUCAACAUGCUGCAACACGGUGACAGUAUCACCAUCUUUUGCAACAUCACUGAGGCCUCGGAGUGGUCUAGGCUGAAAAAGAUUUCAUGGUUAAAAAAUGGUGUUGUACAGCAUAGUUUGAGAAACCCGAACCCAGACAAACCUGUAGACACACUGGCGCCACUAGUUAUAAAAAAUGCCGCGGCCAGAGAUGGAGGAAAUUACAGUUGUGAGCUUGAGCUUCGGCUUCGCAAUAUUAAACCAUACAAUGUAUCAGACAGUACUAUGAUCACAAGUGAGUAUACAAUGAGUCUUAGGCAGUUUUCACUAUAACACUAUUUUGCCAUAGUUGAAAUGGUACGAUUGCAGAUGAAAUUCUUGUUUUCUUUGUUGAGACAGAGUGCGUUAUAUAUUUCACGCAUGAACUAACCUGCAAAAGAUCUGACCAAUCUGAGAUGUGAUUGGCUGUACGUCUGCAAUACCAACAAGGCUUAUAAAGUACAACAACAGUAACAACAACAACAUUAACAAUAAAACCACGGAUUAGAAUUUGAAAUGUAGCCAAUAAAUCUUUGAAUUGGUCCUAAACAUUAUCAAGUACAAUUAUUAUUUGCUUUGUAAACAAUACUCUAAAGAAAGAUGGGGAUCAGGUGGCAACGUUAAGAAAUGUUUUCCCGAUGGUUGACAAAACGGUUUAAAUUUUCAUUUGUAAGUUCUAAGUGUUCAUGGUCUUACAUGAUAUUCUUACCUUUAUUUCAGUUGCUCCAUGGUUUGAUAGACCACAAGAGGAUAGUGAAUUGAACAAAUUCAAGGAAGAAAGUGUUUCUUUUCAGUGUCCUGCCAAAGGUUUCCCAUUAAACGUUGAAUGGAAGUUUCAGAAGAGUGGUGAAGACAAUAUACGCUCUUGCAUAAGUAAGUGUUGGGCCAGCUGUUUAUAUCAUCGCUAAAACGUCUUUUGGACUCUCCACCGGCUUACAAGAUAGUGUUGUUUGUCAUUAUCUGGGCAAGUAUACAAGAGCAAGGAUAGGAUGUGAUGAUUUGUAAUGUCAGCUAGUAUCGAGGCUGGCGUAAUGAAAAUUUGUACUGUAUUCCCCCUGGUGUACUUGAUGAAGGCGUUAGCUUUGUCCAGGAAGGGUUUAUUCGUUUAAAUAAGUUUUUAGACAGUCUUGAAAGCAAAUGUAAACCUCGUUUAAAAAUUCUCGGCAGGUGGCUCAGAUGCAAAAUACCGCAUACAUCGCGAUGGGAUUUACGCGCCAUAUGUAUUGACAGUGAACGACUUGCAGUAUUCUGACAGUGGAUCUUACUAUUGCUGCCUCCCCUCUAACUGCUCCAAUGAUGUCAAAAACAACUGCCAGCGAUUUGUUCUUGGAGUAAGAGGUAAAAAGUAG